AUGCCCAACAGCACGAACGGACGCCCUGUUCAAGAUGCUCAUGUAGGUGGACAUGAAUCAUCUGAUACAAUCGAAACAUCCAGCAGUGUCACUGUUGGCCUGAUGGAGCGGGAGAUAAGGGACCAGAUCAUGGCCCUUGGGAGGAACACGACUACUGAAUUUGAAGAGCAGCUCUAUAUCGAACCCUACACUGCUAUAGAAGCCCAGGAAGGAGAAAUCGGAGCAGAAACCGCUUCGAAUACAGAUGAAUUCCAGCGCCGUCACGGUUCGGUUAUCGACCUUACAUCCAUCCCAGUCCCUCUCGAAAAGGCUCUAGCCAAGAUCAGAUCGACAGGCAUGCCAGAGGGCAAAGUUCUCCGCUGGCCGGUGACUCUGGCCCAAUGGCAAAGCGACGAAUUUGUCGCGGAUGCUGUUGAGGAUCUCGAAUUUUUCUUGGAUGUUUUUAAGAUGCGCCUCGAAACCCUUCGCGAGGGAGCAGUUGAGAAAGAUCCUAAGCUUCGCGCUGCGUUAUGGCGUGCCGAGAUGAACGCCCUGGAUUCUCCUCUGCUUAAAAGGCCUCGGCGUUAA